AUGGCUUACAAUAUUAUUCUUGAUAGAGUAUUGUCAAAUAAAUUUGGGGCAUUCUUUAUUGAUGGUCCUGGUGGAACUGGUAAAAGUUUUUUAUAUCGUGCUUUAUUAGCUACAGUAAGACACAAGGGAUUUAUAGCUUUAGCAACUGCAAGUUCUAGUGUUGCAGCUUCACUUCUUCCCGGAGGUCGAACUGCUCAUUCUCGAUUUAAAAUUCCUAUUGAUGUCAAUGAAAAUUUUACUUGCAAUAUUAGUAAACAAAGUUCACUAGCAUCUUUAAUACGAAAUGCACGAUUAAUUGUGUGGGAUGAAAUUUCAAUGGCAAAAAAGAAAAUGGUUGAAGCAUUUGACUUGCUUUUAAGAGAUCUAAUGGAAACAAAUACGUUAUUUGGUGGUAAAAUAGUUGUUUUUAGUGGUGAUUUCAGACAAACUCUUCCUGUCUUAUCGAAGAAUAUGCGUGCAACUAAAGAUCCUGAAUUUUGUGAAUAUUUAAUGAGAAUUGGCGAUGGAAAAGAAAAAACAAAUGACCAUGGAAAAAUUGAAAUUCCUCAUUCCCUCAUUAUUCCUUUUACUUCUGAAAAAGAAUCUCUAAAUCUUCUCUUUAGAAAUACUUAUCCUGAUUUAUACACAUGUUGUACAAAAACUUCGUUUAUUACUUCUCGUGCUAUUCUAACAACUAAAAAUGAUUUUGUUGAUGAAAUAAAUGACAUGUUGAUCUCUCAAUUUCCAAACACUGAAAAAGUGUACAUUGCUAUAGAUGAAACUAUUGAUCCAAAGGAUCAAAGUGAAUAUGAAGAUUUCUGUGCAACAAUAUCUAGCGGUGAUUUUAAAAAUACACAUGUAUUUAUUCCACGAAUACUACUCAUGACUUCAGAAGAUGAAAAAUUGCCUCUUCCUUUUAAGAGAACACAAUUUCCUGUACGAUUAUGUUUUGCCAUGACUAUAAAUAAAGCUCAAGGACAGACAUUAGAUUUUGUUGGUAUAUAUUUACGAGAACCUGUCUUCUCUCAUGGACAAUUGUAUGUUGCUUUAUCAAGAGCAACAAGUUCUCACAAUGUUAAAGUAUUAAUUAGACCACCUAUAAUUGAUGAAAAUGAUGAUCAUUCAACAUAUAAUGUUGUCUAUAAUGAAAUUAUUGAGAAGUCCUUUUCUUGA